AUGUCCUCCCUUUUAUUCUUAUCCACCUUUCACUUCUUUUUAUCGUCAGAAUGGUUCAUCAUAUUAGCUUUCGUGUUGCGGAUAUGGACAAGACUGUCGAGUUUUAUCUCAAGGCUCUCGGUCCUCUUGGGCUCCUAUGAAAAAUGCCUUGCAUUCCCCGGCGUUCAGUCAAUUGGAUUGAAGCACCACCCGACUAUCUGGUUCCAGCAACUCACACCAGAGGAUACCCGCGGCGUCGUUAAUACCCUCCACAUUGGGAUCCAAGCCAAGGACCACGCUGAAGUUGAUGCAUUCUAUGCGGCUGCCAUUGCCGCGGGAGGCAAAUGCAAUGGACCACCCGGACCUCGCCCUCAAUACACCAAGACCUACUACGGUGCUUUCGUGUUCGACCCGGAAGGAAAUAACCUCGAGGCCAUGUUUAUGGAUCCCGUGAAGGAGGCCGAGGCUAAUGCGGAGGGUUGCACGGCUGCUAAGGCACAGGGGGCCUAGAUUACAUGUUUUUUUUGGAUAUGCAAGGCUUUGUCGACUCCUCGUCUGUGAGGGGUGAAAUGUGAAAGUUAUUGAAGAUUUCAAAUUUUGCAACCGAA